CAUUAAAAUGGUCCUGUGAAACUGGUGUUAUCACUGUUCCGUAUGUAUCUAGAUCUUACUCUCGUGGUGUUGCGAGCAACGCAUAAGGACGCGUUAUUUUCAAGUUGAUGUUUUGUCUGACGCGGUAAUGAUAGAGGAAUCAUGUAAGGAUUCACACUUGUUCGAUUCCUUAACAACAGUCUUUAACAAACCCGUCAUGCUACCGCGUCUACUUAGUACACGCCAUGUUCGAGCUUUACCAUGUUAUUUUCUCAAAAUACUAGUUACCACCGCCCCAGCUUCCGGUGUGUCACUAUAGCACAUCCAAAAGCCGCAUCUUCGACCCCCCAAACAGCACCUCAUUCCUCACGCAAACACGUCCAUGUUAACGCAGAUGGCGUAGAAGUCGAACUCAGAUUGUGGAGGAGCCUCUGCAGACCAAGGGCAUGGCUGUCUUCGUGUCAAAUUUGGCGAAUCGGUAAUUUAGAGAAGGGCUUCACAAUCAUCCGCAAGAUCGGGUGGGGCAUGAAUUCAAGCAUCUGGAUGGCGUUCGACGAGACAGACAAGAAAUAUGUCGCGAUUAAAGCUUUGAAAGAAUAUUCAUCUGGCCUGUUUGAACUAGGCAUGAUGGUGGAGUCACUUGCCCUCGAACGAUCAACUCUUGCGUCUCCGGCACCUGGCCUCACGUCGAGUCAUUGCCUUCAUCUUCUCUGUUUUCUUUUCAAACGACCUGGAAAGGAUCGAGAUGGGCGCCAUCUAUGCUAUGUCACGGAUGUUUUGGGUGGAGACAUUAAAUCUGAACUUGUUCGGCCUGCGCGCAGAAUCACCAGAACUUUCAUGGAGAUGGACAUGGAGGGGCCAAAGGAAUCAUCAACACAUUCAAUCCGGCAACCUUUGGGACCCAACAGAAGAUAUAAGUCUCCCGAACUUUCUCGGUUCCCAGGAAUUGCCUCUAUUCAAGGUUCAAACUCAAAGUGACCUCCAAUCACAACAAACCGGCCCGCUACCUUUUCAAGUCCCGGUCGACUUCCCAAAAUCUCCUUUCCUACCAGUGGCUGAGGAUUUUAUUUGCAAAUCAUCCACGGCCGCCGAGUCACAAUGAACUCUAUAGUAUGGCGUAUGACAUACCCGGACAUGAUAUCCGUUUUAGAUCCAUGAUGCACCUACAGCUGAUAGCCUGUUCGAAGGUUGACGAAUCGCUAACACCUGCGGCUUUACCCGACUUCAAGAAGGAUGUCUGAACACAAUUCAUAUCCGAGGUCAGUUCCGAGAAUGUUGUAGUAUAAAGGCAGUGAAAGCCCGAGC